UUCUGCGGCGAUUCUAACCCUGGCAGGCUUCUAUACUCUACAGUCUAUAGACUAUACUCUGUACAUACUAUAGCUACAGUCUAUAGCCAGCUACAUGGCAUAUGCAGCCCUCAACGACUUCACAGACGCCAUCGAGGCACUCCCAGCAGACCUCGUGCGCAACUUCACCCUCCUCCGCGAAGUAGAGUCCAAGACACUCGCGCUCCAGCAAUCCCUCAUCUCUGAGAUCCGAUUCUUUAUGGAUGCGCUACCUGUUGCGCAAGACGCGACACCUGCUGCGUAUGAACAACUCACGCGCAUCAAGGAGCUCAUCAUGCAAGGUUUUGCGUAUAGUGAUGAAAAGGUCUCUGUUGCCAGUACAGCAGCCGAUACCGUGCAGAAGCACAUGCUGCGUAUUGAGCGAGACUACCACUUGAUUGAGCAGGAAAUACCCAGGCGCAUCAGGGAGGGUAGUCCGCCGCCUCAAAUCACAACCGUUGCCAGUGCUAUGCGAAAUGCACCGAAGCGUGUAGAGACACCCAAGAAGCCACAGGGACAGAGCGCUCGAGCCAUGGCUGCUGCAGCUGCGGCGGCGGCGGCGGCGGCGGUUCAAGCGCAAGCAGCAUCCAGUCUAGCACAUAGUCAUGGUGUGCUGCCUGCUCAAGCGACGUUCCAUGCGCCUGCGUCACGCGAUGAGACGACGACGCCGCAGCCUGUGUUCUCUCGGCAUGGGAGACAGUCGAAGCCAAGACGGCGCAGUAUGUCCCCUUCUGCACCGAGUGGGAAACUCUCAGCAGCGGCAGCAGCAGCAGCACAAGCGGCAGCACAAGCAGCGGCAGCAGCGGCGAAUGAAGAUGAACCGACAUACUGCUACUGCAACCAAGUCUCGUAUGGCGAAAUGGUCGCGUGUGAUGGAGACGAGUGUGAGCGGGAAUGGUUCCAUCUUGCGUGUGUCAACUUGACGGCACCGCCCAAGGGGAGCUGGUACUGCGAUGCCUGUAAGAAGCAGCAGGCGCCGACAUCACGACGACGGCGGUAGGUGACGUAGAAGCAGAUACUAAACAGACUUUCCUAUGAUCCUUCCAUAAACUAUCGCACGAGCUGUUCUAGUUCUUUGCAACGAGCAUCUUCUUGAUGUUGGCUAUGCCGAGACCCGGGUUGAGACC